CUUUUAUUAUUUUAAGACAUAUGGAUCUUAUACUGAAAGGAAACAUGUUCGUGUUAGUUAGUUUGUUCUCGUUGAUUUGCGUCUUAAAUGCCCAAGAUGCGACAACCUGUAGCAAAUUUGAUUGUGAAUAUAAUGUACUGCUUAAAUUGAUACAACUUGAAACUACAGUAGCUGACUUAACUGGAAAACUUAUGGAUGCUCAAAGUACUAUAACAGAAUUGAAUAAAACAAUUUCAACAAACGAGAAAUCCACUGACGGUACAACUUACAUUCGCUGGGGUCGUACCACUUGUCCAGAUAAAGCCUUUCUUGUGUACAAAGGCUAUGUCGCCGGAUCACAUUAUACCCACAGCGGAACUGGUUCAAACCCCUUAUGUCUACCAGAAAACCCGGAUUACGACAAGACUAAAGCUGGUUUUCAAACUGCAGGUAGGAUAUAUGGAGCUGAAUAUGAAACAAACUCGUAUCCAAACUGGAAAUACCUUCACAACCAUGAAAUCCCAUGUGCAGUUUGCCGAAUACCACGUAACAACGUUCUUAUGGUGCCAGGAAAAGACCGUUGUCAUGACGACUAUAUCUUAGAAUAUAAAGGCUAUCUUAUGGCUGAACACUUUAGUCAUUCUGCAUCUGAAUUUGUUUGUGUUGAUGGGAAUCCUGAAACUAUAGAGGGAACUUAUCAGGAUAUGAACGGGAGACUGUUUUAUUUUGUCGAAGGGGAAUGUGGUUCACUACGAUGUGAUCCAUACAAAAAUGGAUUGGAGCUGACAUGCGCUGUGUGCUCGUUUUCACCUAAUGCAAAGUCGACAAACCUUCAACCAUACGUCUAGUCGGCUAAACAUGCAGAUUAUUUUCUCUUUCGAGUAAAGAAUAUUUAAGUAAAAUAUCUGAAACAUUUAAAUAAAACUUGAAUAAAUCACAUAUUGUAGUAGUUGAAUAAAAACAGCAUGAUAUUUUUCUAUAUAUCAAAAGUAUGGUAAAUAAAAGGAAUUGUGAAUAAUACGCUAGGGAAAAUAAGCACAUGAAAAUAGGUAAGAUAUUAAUGAGUAUUGUGUUGAAACAUGAACCAGAACUUCCAUUAUUUACAGAGAUUUUGUUUCUUUUGUUAUUCGUGUAAAAUUCCUCUUUUAUUUCGAAAUUGCUUACUAAACAUUCAAAUAAAAAACGUAUUUGAAGAGUUCCCAUUCACAGUGAAUGAAUGUGAAAAAGUGUAUGCACUGCUUAAAUAAAGAAAGGAAUUUA